AUGUAUGAUUUUUGUGGAUAACCAGCAAAAGAAUUGAUUUAAAGUUACAAAUUCACAUAUAAAACUAGUAAUUAAAAUACUGAACUUUCAUUUACUAAUAACUUGAUAGAAAAUCCUGAUAAUAAAUCUUUAGGUAUAAGGAAAUUUGAAGUUUAUGCACAUGAAUGUAUGCCUAAAUGUGCUGGAUGCACUAACAGUACUUCUUGUAAUUUAAAUUCAGUAGGCUAGUAUUUAGAAGCAUGUAGAUGUAUUGAAAAAUGCGAGUUAUGUAAAUAAAUAGAUUCUUGUGAUUUAUGCAAUAGUGGAUAUUUUUAUAAUGAUUCUAAAUGUGUUUCAGCCUGUCCAAAUAAAAAAUAUAAAAAUAUUAAAACUAGAACUUGUCAUAAUUGUUUAGCUAAAUAUGCAACUUAUUCUAAUGCAAACGGUUGUGACACUUGCUUUUGGAAUAGAUAAUUACCUAAUUGUGAUUGUCCAAUUUAUCAAUACGAUAAUUAGAAUUAUUAAUAAGCUUGUUUUGCAUGUUCUAAUAUAUCUGAUGGAUGUUCUACUUGUAAUGAUAGGACUUGCUAAGAAUGUCUAGCGCCGCGUUUUUUAGAUGGAAAUUCAUGUGUAAAUAUUUGUCCUUCAGGUAAGUGGGGAAACACGGCAACCAGAUAAUGUACAGCUUGCUAAGCUAAAUGUGUAACUUGUUCUAAUGACAAUACUUGUGACACUUGCUUUGAGAAUAGAGUUCCUUAAUAAUGUAAUUGUCCUUAAUAUUCCUAUGAUCCACAUAAUCAAUCAAUUAAUUAUGUUCUUUGA